AUGACUACUGAAUUAUGUACAAUUUUAUCUAGAAAUACUACUACUACAACUACUACCAGCAAUACUACUACUAAUAACGAUAUAAAUACUACUUAUAAUUCUGAUUACACAACUAUCACUAGUAUGGAUGAUAUACUCGAUGCAAUAGUUGAUGAAAAUGAUGAAGUUAUUUCUGGUAUUAGUAGUAAAGAAGAUCAAACAGAUAAUAAUAAUAACCAUUCUACAUGUUGUAUUAUACAUGAUAAACUCUCUUCAAAUAGUGCGCCAUGUUCAAAUACCAUUGAACAAGAAUGUUUAACAACAACAUUUCAAUGUUCAAUAGAACAAUCUCUUGGUGCAUCAUUGAAAGAUACAACUAAUAAUAAUCAAGAGGAUGAAGAUGACGAGGAGGAGGACGAGGAUGAUGAUGAUAAUCAUACUGUAAAUAUUUCCACAAAUCAUUCAAAAACUCUAACGAAUUAUUGUCAUUCAUAUAAUUUUCUAUUAAAUUCGGAACACUUGAAAUCUGAACAAAUUGACAAUAAAACAACCGUGUUACCAUCAGCAUCAUCAUCAGAGACGAUCAAUGGAUUGAUCGAUAGAACUGGGUUCAUUGAUACUGAUCUAAUUCAACAACAACAACAAUAUCAUCAGCAUCAUUUAUUAAGUCAACAAACACAACAAUCACAUCCAAUGGAGAUUAGUAAUUUGAAUUCACAAAAAUCUUCUAAAUUUGGAAGUAAAACUAGUUUAAAUAAUAUGGAUUUGUGUAAUACUACUAAUAUUAAUAAUAGUAGUAAUAGUAGUGUUAUUAGUCAUAGUGAUAAUGUAUCUGUGAAUCAUAAAACACGCCAUUCAAACAGCAAUACUACUAAUAACAAUAAUAGUAGUAGUAAUAAAUGUAGUAAUAACACUAACAAUGGUGAAGAACGUAAACUGUUUGUUGGUAUGUUAAGUAAACAGCAAAAUGAAGAAGAUGUCCGAUUAUUAUUUGAACCAUUCGGUACAAUUGAAGAGUGUACAAUACUUCGAGAUCAAAGUGGUAAUAGUAAAGGCUGCGCAUUUGUAAAAUUCUCAACUCAACAAGAAGCACAAUCCGCUAUUCUCACAUUACAUGGAAGUCAAACAAUGCCGGGUGCUUCAUCAAGUAUUGUAGUGAAAUUUGCUGACAGUGAAAAAGAACGUCAUACAAGGAAAAUUCAACAAUUAAUUGGUCCAAUGGGUUUAUUCAAUCCAACUAUCGCAUUGUCUCAACUUAAUGGCAAUAUGUAUUCACAAAUGAUCGAGAAUAUGGCACAAACAACUGGUUAUAUAAAUCCAGUCGCUGCAUUAGCAUUACAACUUCAACAUGCUAGUCAAUUAGCCACAGUCAAUUUACCAACGAAUGUAACCAAUUUAGCAAUGAUUUCUGCAUUGACUAAUAGUUCCAAUGGACAUUUAGGUUAUACUCCGCUAUUGCAUCAUAGUCCACGUUCAGGUAGUGUGAAUCUAUCGCCUAAUUGUCAUACAAAUCCAAUGGCUGCAGCAGCAGCUGCCGCCGCUGUACUUGGUAUGUCUGGCCAAAAUCCUCAACUAACACAAUUAUCACCUCAAAUGGCAGCUUUAUCUAAUGUAAACAGUGGAUGUAUUGCUGGCGAUACAACAGGCAAUGGUAAUUCAAAUAAUAAUAACAAUAAUACAGCAGCAGCAGCCGCCGCUGCACUUAGUUCGAAUGCCGCAAUGGCUGCCGCUGCCGCAGCUGUUGUUGCAAUGGCAAAUGGCAAUGUUACAGGCAGUGUGAAUUCAAAUGGAACAACAUUGAGUGGUUUAACAGGACAAACGACGGGCUUAGGAUCUCCCGGGACUGGUAGUGGUCAUACAUUAGCAGCUCUGCAUGCAAUUCCUGGGACACACCAACCAUCAGUAACUCUCAGUGGUCUUGGUACAGUUUCACUUCCUUUAAAUCAAGCUAUAUCAAAUACGUCAUUUGGAUUAAACACAUUAACAUCUCCACUAACUGGACUUCCUACUGAAGCACUUUCUCAUUUAUAUCCUAAUGUUCCAACUUAUGGAUUAUCUUAUCCUUCACCGGUCACAUCAGCUUUAAAUCCAUUCGCUACAAUGGCACAUCAAGCACUUACCAUGCCUAUACAACAGAAGGAAGGAACUAAAGAUCUAAUAUUAACAGGACCAGAGGGAUGCAAUCUUUUCAUAUACCAUCUACCACAGGAAUUUGGCGAUCCAGAAUUGGCUCAGAUGUUUAUGCCAUUUGGAACAGUAAUCAGUGCUAAAGUUUAUGUGGAUCGUGCAACAAAUCAAAGUAAAUGUUUUGGUUUUGUUAGUUUUGAUAAUCCAGCCAGUGCACAAACCGCUAUACAUGCAAUGAAUGGUUUUCAAAUUGGCAUGAAACGUUUGAAAGUUCAAUUGAAACGUCCAAAAAGUGAUUCUACCAAACCAUAUUAA